CACUUAUUUUUAAUUAUUUAAUUACUAAACAUAAAACAGUUAUAACUAAUUCAAGUGUGGUGAAAAAACUGUUAUUUAUUUUGACAGUUGUGUUCUAGUGACGCCAUAUUGUGAAAAAAGGCUGUGUACAAAAUGGUCGGUAGAUGGGAUAGACAACUAGCGCAUGAUUUUGUUAAAAAGUAUAUAGAAUUAGAUGUGUUAUGGAAUACCGAUAAUCCAUUACGAAAAAGUCCAAAAGCACGUAAAAAAGCUUAUGGUAUAUUACAACAAUUAGUUCAACAAUAUGAACCGAAUUUUUCGGUGGCUGAUGUAUGUAAUAAAAUUAAAGGAUUUCGAUCAACUUACUUAAUGGAAUUGAAAAAAAUACAAAAUUCGAAAAAUCAAGCAUAUGUUCCAACGUUAUCAUGGUUUCCAAUUAUGGAUAAUGCAUUACAUACACCGGUUAUGGAUAAUCUUGUUAGAAGAUAUGGCGAUCAAAUUAUCAGAACAAAAAUGAAUUAUAAGCCUGCUAAAAGGAUGAAAAUUAAUCAUAAGGACGAGGAAAAAAAUCCUUUAUCUGAGGAAUACGAUUCAUCGAUGAUAAAAAUUGAAAACGAAGAGAUUAUCGAAACUUAUACGCCAGUAAAUAUUCGAAUUAUAGAAGACGAAGAAUUUCAUUCAAGUGAAACGAGCAACGAACCUAAAAAUAAUACAACUCACCAACAGUAUCGCCAACAACAAGCUUCAACCUCAUCCCAAAAUACCACACCUCAAACAUCAACGAAUCAAAAUAUAACCCCUAAAACAUUAAAAUCCAUAUAUGAAGAUAACGAUGAUGAAUUUGAUAUUUUUGGUAAAAGCGUUGCAAUCCAAUUACGUAAAUUACCAUUAAAUCAAGCAUUAAAAGCUCAAUUAGAUAUACAAACCUUAUUGAUAAACGCACGAUUAAAAGCGAAUAAAGGAAAUGAAGGGAAUGGUAGUACUUCAAAUGCGUCAAUAUCAAGUAUCAUCGAUUCAACUACCAAAAAUAACAUAAACUUUUCUCACUGAA